UUGCAAACGGGUCGAAAUUCCUAACCUGAAUCAGACCCGGUUCAGGUUCGACUUGACCCGAAUCCGAAAUUUUCGAAUCGGAUCAAAUAUUGACACCUCUAUUUAGAAGGAUCAACUCCCCAGAUUCCAUAGGACAUAAUGAAGGUGUAGGGCGUAUGCCCUGCCUCGCUGUAUUGCAUGUGGUGGAGGUGGAGCUGGAGCUGGAGCUCUUCUCUCUCUCCUUCUCCUCUCUAAUAUGUACACAUUGUAGAGACAGAGGCCUCUCUCUCUCUCUCAUCCCUGUCACCAACGAAGCUCCUAAUGCCAAACUGGCAGUUUUAAUUUCAGGAAGGAAUGAGUAAAGGACAAGAUUAGUCUGGGAUUUGAGUGCGAUUCUAUUCAUUUUUUCUGCCAUCCCUACCUUCUCCUACUACUUCCUUCCCAAUCCCAUUUCAUCAACCAGUACCGAGGAUGAAGAAAGUUAGCGACUUGGAGUUCAUGGUUGAUAAAGAGAGAGCUGACUCGGAAUGCUGCAGUGGGUGUCAAUCUGGCUGGACUCUCUAUCUUGACCAGUCGCAGUCUCAGGAGAGAUUGACCGGAUCUUUUCAACUAAGAACAGAUGACUGUGAUUGUUGGGAGGAAGAAGAAGAAGAAGAAGAAGAGGAGGAGGAGGAGGAGGACUUGUCCAUGCUCUCUGAUGCUUCUUCUGGGCCACCCCAAGUCCAUGAGGAAGAAGACAACAUAUCCUCAGGCUGCUGUGAGGAUGGAAAUGGCUGCCUCUGCAAUGCCACUUUCCUUCCCUUAACUACAGUUGCCAGGAAUAGAAUAAAGAGGAGGAGGGCUGAAGAAGAGCAGCAGGGAAAACGAGAUUCCUUUUUGGAUGACACUGCCAGUUCUACUCUCUCCACCUUUUCCAAGGCAAUAUACUAACUCAACUCUCAUAAACUUCUCUAGUUUUUUGAGGGAACAUAAACUUACUCUUCUUCUUCUUCUUCAUUUCCUCUUUGAAUAGGCCACAACAAGUAGCUGUGGAAGCAAGAAGCUUUUGAUGGAAGAUGAUCACUCCUGCUGCUUCUCCACAACCCAUUUCACUGUACCAUAAACCUUUCAUGGCUUUCUCUGCAUUCUUAGCUUUAGUUAAAUGAAUUUUUUGAUCUCUUAUCCAUCUUAAACAGGGGAAAACUGCAUUGCCGAAGCAUUUGGCUUACCUGCAUUCUUCUGCAGGUAAGUAUUCUCUCUUUGUAUAUGCUUAACAACUAGAGAAUAAACACCCACUACAGCAUUUUGUUCAAAUUUUUGUCAAUAGGUAUGCAGACAAGAAGGUGAGAAGAAACUGAACUGAAGAAAGGCAAAGAAGAUGUGUACAAAUCUUCAAGAUCCCUCUAUGGACUCUUCUAAGUUUUUUUAUUAAUUUUUCAUUAUCAAUGUUCUUUUCUUUCUCUUUUCUUUUAUUCAGUCCCCACUUUUUCGCCUGUUGAUCCAGUAGGAAAAAUCCACAGCAAGAAAAGAAAUGAGGCAAAAAGCUCCUGCUUUCUCUUUUGUCUAGUUCUUUUGUCAUGAAUGGAGGUAACAAAUUGACGUUUCUUGGUUCUGUUCAUAUUCAAACUCAGCCACAGCUGAGUGUCCAAUUCUCUCUUAUAAUUUUAAAUAACUUACCUACCUCCAUACAAUACAACAUAUAUAAUGAUAAGCAAGAAGACUUAUGAACAAAAAUGUUACCUAUGAAUGCUAACUACUUCCUUAUUCUCAAGCUUAACUAAGGCUUUGUCUGGAUUGACUUUUUUAUUGUUUCUUACAGUAAAAAAAAUUAAUUUUUUAAUUAAAAAAUUGUUUUAAAAAAUAAUAAAAAAGCCGUCCCAAAUGAAGCCUAAACCUUAAGCUCAAAUGAAAGAGAAAUUAUUACACAGCUGCUAUAAUUUUAUAAAAGAAAAAUCAAAUGCUGCUAAAUUUACCUGGUAGAAAGUAGGGUAUGAGCUGGCAAAGUGACAAGAUCAGAGUGUAGUUGUCACGUCCAUGACCAGGUUGUCCUGUGACAACAUAGUUUUAUAUCUACCAUUAAUGCAACAGAUAUGCAGAGAUUACUUUCAUGGAACUCUGGUUCAGGCUUCAUUUGUUUCUGCAGCAAGAUGAUUGCAAGGUGAAAUUAUUAGGUGCGGACACCGAAUGCCGUCCAGAGCUCAAUAAAAAUGCGCCACGUCACCCCUACUCAGUACCGCGGCUCGGUACUGAGCUUGGUACUGGAUGACGUAGUUGCACCUGAUUGGCCUCUGAACGAUAAGUUGUAUCCAGUGUCCGCACAAAAUAAUCUCUCGAUUGCAAGAGGCAUUUUGAGGUUACCCAUACUCAAGCAUGACGCAGUUAAUAAUGGCUAAGAAGAUACCCUUUAGAGUACUCAUGAGCUGGCCUCUAAUUUC